GUUUUUAGAGCAGCUCUCAGUCAGACUGAGUCAGUUUGUCAGGAGAACUCAGGAACAUGGCUUCAUCCUUCCUCUGCCUCAGCCUCCUCUUCAUCAGCCUCAGCACAGCAGAUGGAUUCAUGGAGUAUUAUGUGUGGCGCUGUGACUUUAACUCCACUGAGCUGAAGGACAUCGAGUUCAUCUACUCUAUGUAUUACAACAAGAUCGAGUACGCCCGGUUCAGCAGCAGUGUGGGGGAGUUUGUUGGAUUCACUAAGUACGGAGUGAAUAACGCAGACAUCUGGAACAGUGAUAAGGGACAGGUGGCUGCAUGGAGAGCUCAGAAGGAGACGGUCUGCCUACAACACAUUGGUAACUUCUACAGCAACCCUCUGUCUAAAUCAGCUAAGCCAUACGUCAGACUUCACUCCACGAAGCCUCUCUCCAGUCACCAUCCUGCCAUGUUGGUCUGCAGCGUCUAUGACUUCUACCCCAGUGAGAUCAAAGUGAGCUGGCUGAGAGAUGGACAGGAAGUCAGCUCUGAUGUCACUUCCACUGAGGAGAUGGCAGAUGGUGAUUGGUACUACCAGACCCACUCACACCUGGAGUACACACCCAGGUCUGGGGAGAAGAUCUCCUGUAAGGUGGAGCACGCCAGCCUGGAGAAACCUCUGAUCACUGACUGGGAUCCCUCCUCGUCCAUGCCUGAGUCAGAGAGGAACAAGCUCGCCAUCGGAGCCUCAGGACUGAUCCUGGGUCUGAUCUUAUCUCUGGCUGGAUUCAUCUACUACAGGAGGAAGGCCCGAGGUCGUAUCCUGGUUCCCACUAACUGAGUCUGUUCCUGGUCCUGGUUCUGUCUGAUGUUAUAAAAGCUGCUGCUUCAUGUGUUCAGCUGACUGAUGAUGAUGAUGAGUCUAGACUCUGAACCUGAUCCAGGACCCUCUCACAGCUGUUGGUGGUUGUUGUGGUUUCACUGGGAUGGUCCUGGGUCAGGUCUAAUGUAAACUCUGCUGUUUGAUGCUUUACCUCUGCUGUUUAAUCCAUGUAAUGUAAUCCCUGUAAUCCACGUCUCUGAAUGAUUUGGGUGUUUCUGCUGUUCUGAUUACCAAAGAUCACACAUUUUUACUGGAGGUCAUUGUUCCAAAAUAAAUGACUCAAACUCUCA